CGCAACUUUCUCUACCUAUUACUAAGGUACUCACUCACUCAGUGUACCAGGAACUGCACUGGAGGCGCACCUUGAAUUUUCUUCUUAUAACAUAUCUGCUCACCGCUACUACCUCAAGUGCUCGAACAAGUGCUCAAGACGACGCUGCUGCAGGAGCCUGCCACGAUGGACGAGACCACUCCGUUGCUGCCAGACGCAGCGACUGCCCCCAUUCCCAGAGACGACCAAUUACACAGAGUGCCGAGCAAGCACGACUUUGUCGAUUUUGAUCCGAAUGGCGACGAUGAAAAUCCGCUGGACUGGCCUCAGAGUUACAAAUGGAUGAUUGUGACAUUACUGGCAUUAAUGGCCUUCACAGUAACCUUCACGUGUAUCGGCGUGGUGCCAAUAGCGCAAACCAUCGUGGACGAUCUCGAACACGGACACGCCUCCAGUUCUGCGAGCGUGCUGCUCGUGACGAUCUGGGAACUUGGUGAGGCCGCCGGCCCCUUAUUCAUCGCUCCACUCUCUGAGCUUUAUGGGCGUUACCCGGUCAUCAACAUCGCCAACACGCUCUUCACGGCAUUCACGGUGCUCGCUGCGCUCAGCCCGACCACAGGCAUCUUGAUCUUCGCACGAGCUCUCACUGGCGUCGCAGUCGCCACCAACGUCCUCAGCCCGGCUAUUGUCGGCGAUAUCUUCGUCUCCGAAAAGCGUGGCGGAGCCAUGAGCCUGAUCCAGCUCGCGCCGCUUAUAGGGGGAGCCGCUGGGCCAGCCAUCGCCGGUGCUGUGGCUCAGACACUGGGCUGGAGGAAGACGCUCUGGAUGAGCGCUGUCCUUGCGGGCGCCUGCGAGGUGGCCUUUCUGAUUUGUUUCCGCGAAACGUACAGGGUGGAGAUCCUGAAGCGGAAGGCUGCCCGGCUCAGGAGAGAGACCGGCAACUCUGCGCUCAGGUCUGAGUUCGAUGCUGAGGAGGGCGGGCACAGCUGGAAGCUCAUCGGGGAAUCUGUAUUGCGCCCUUUCGUUGUGCUCAAGAGCAGCUUUGCCCUGCAAAUUCUGGCACUAUUCGGCUCGUUCACUUUCACCUACUUCUACAUCAUGUCGACAAGUCUGCCGCCAAUUUUGCAGCAGUAUUACGACUUCACACCAGCAGCCACAGGCUCUGCUUUUCUCGCAUUUUCGAUUGGAUCCACCGCAUCUGUUCUGAUGUGCAAUGUGUAUCUUGACAAGGUCUACAUCAAAUUGCGCAACAUGCAUCAAGGAGUUGGACAGCCAGAAUAUCGCUUGCCAUUCAUUAUCCUGGGUAGCAUUCUCUUCCCCAUUCCUGUUCUCAUGUAUGGCUGGGCGACUCAAUUGCAUUUGCACGUUUCGGUCCUGCUCGGCGCCGUGGUGCUGCUGGGAAGCUUCCUGAUGCUUUCAUUCCUGCCACUGAUGGCAUACGUCGUUGAUGCGUUUGGAGUCUACUCAGCCUCUGCAGUAUCUGCUGUCAUUGUCACGAGAUGUCUCAUGGGGACUUUCGUGCCGCUGGCUACCGAGCCUCUCGUGUCGAAGUUUGGGUACGGCUGGGGCUUCACUAUCUUCGCAGCGAUAAGUGCUGCUACGAUUCCGAUUCCUUUGGCGAUGUUCAGAUAUGGAUACAAGUGGCGUCAACAAUCCAAGUACACGAGAGAUUGAACCCAAGAUGAUAAUGGCUGUCACAGACAACAGAAUGUCAUGCCAUUCAGGGCAUGCAAGAUGGGAUUCGAAGUGCGGAGACUAUGAUGAUGAGGCCUCAAAAGCCAUUUGCUUUUUUGUGGGUGCAUAGCCAGCCCUUUGGGUUUCAAAAGUGUUUAUAGUUUUUAGCAUAUAUAAUUAGAGCGUGCUUUUCUGAAGUAUUAUAAUGGCUUCAAC